GAAGAAAACAACACAGCCUGUUUGCAAGACUAAAAACGGAAUGUUUUGGAUGGCCAAGAUGAUACAAGGCAGCUGUCGAGCUGAGAUGGAGCUGGUCCCUUUAACCACUGCAUCUCCAUCUGUGGCCGGGAGUCGUCUCUCGAAUAGGAAACAAGCACAGGAAAUGGCACCUACCUGCAAGUGUUGAAGCUUGAAGAAGGAAAGAAGGAAGCGUUUGCUGUAAGAUUUUGGUUAAGGUGACAGCUGAGUGAGGGGAUAAAAACUGGCUGUGAUGAAGGACCCCGUGAGUAGAAGAGUGUCUGGGUCCAGGUGUCUUCCACCUGGCCAGCAGCAGUGGAUUUAACACUUGGAGAAGGGAGGGCUGUUGUGUUUGCUACAACCUACCUUCAAAAUGUGACUAAAACAUUGUACAAGCCAACACCACCACCAACAUCCAGUCCUUUUCUCUGUGCUCACACCUAUCUCUCCUGAAGCAGACAGCUGUUAAGAGGAAAGAAGCCACAGAGGCAGAGCACCAGGGACGGAACCGAAGAUCAGAUUCCCUUUUAUAUACGUGGAUUUAUUAGGCUAAUUCCAUAUUCUUUUUUUAUAGACCUCCUCACAAAAACGCCAACAGCCAUGAGCUCUUUAUAACAACUGUGAUUGGACUUGUUACAUAUCUGCUUUCCUUCCUUCCUUCUUUUUUUUUAAAGUUUGAACAAUGAUUACAGUGAAUUCAGAUGGGAAAAUAAUGGUCAGAAGAUGUCUCGUCACCUUGAGGCCUUUUAGGAUAUUCGUGGUUGGGAUUGGAUUUUUCACUCUCUGCUUCUUAAUGACAUCACUGGGAGGUCAGUUUUCAGCCAAAAGACUGGGGGACUCUCCAUUCACCAUCAGAACUGAAGUGAUGGGUGCUCUGGAAUCCAGAGGAGUGCUGAGGAAAAUGAGUGAUAUGCUGGAAAUGAUGGUGAAGAGGAUGGAUGUGCUAGCCAGGCUGGAGAAUAGCACGGACUUCCGGAAAGGGGAAGAGGCACAUUUUCCUAUGGACAGGUACCAUCCAGCAGUUGGCUUAAUGGAGAGGAUCCAGGCAAUUGCUCAGAAUGUCUCAGACAUUGCAAUGAAGGUGGAUCAGAUUCUUCGCAACAGUCUCCUAAAUGGAAAACCAAUAGAAGGCAGACACGACCAGUGUGAGGUACCCAGGGACCCAAAAUACCCUGACUGCUCUGGGAAAGUGGAGUGGAUGAGAGCCAGGUGGACAUCAGACCCGUGCUAUGCAUUUUUUGGUGUGGACGGCACAGAGUGCUCCUUCCUCAUCUACCUCAGUGAAGUUGAGUGGUUUUGCCCUGUGCUGCCUUGGCGAAAUCAGACAGUGACUCCACCUUCCACAAUGCCACCACCCAGGGCACAGGCAACUUUUCAGAGGGACCUCUCCUCCCUACUGGAGCUGAUUGGCAGUGGCAAGGAGUCUUUGAUUUUCAUGAAGAAAAGGAUCCGGCAUUUAGCCACACAGUGGCUGAGAGCCUCACAUAAACUGGAACUGAAGCUGGAGGGCAAACAGAGAAAUCAGAAACAGAUUUUGAUUCACAUUGGCUUCUUAACAGAAGAAUCGGGAGAUGUUUUCAGCCCUCGUGUGUUAAAGGGAGGCCCGCUGGGGGAGAUGGUCCAAUGGGCAGAUAUUUUGGCUGUUCUUUUCAUCCUGGGCCAUAGCCUGAAAAUCACAAUUUCUUUGAAGGAACUCCAGAGUAAUUUAGGAGUGCCUCCCGGCCGGGGUAAUUGUCCCUUGACAGUCCCUUUGCCCUUUGACCUCAUUUAUACAGACUACCACGGGCUACAGCAAAUGAAGCAGCACAUGGGCCUCUCCUUUAAGAAAUACAGGUGUCGCGUUCGAGUAAUUGACACUUUUGGAACUGAGCCUGCAUACAAUCACGAGGAAUAUGCCACACUGCAUGGCUACCGGACAAACUGGGGCUAUUGGAACCUGAACCCAAAGCAGUUCAUGACCAUGUUCCCUCACACACCCGACAAUUCCUUCAUGGGUUUUGUGUCUGAGGAGCUCAACGAGACUGAGAAGCAAUUCAUUAAAUCCAACAAGGCCAACAACGUGGCAGUAGUAUAUGGUAAAGAAGCCAGCAUUUGGAAGUUGCAGGGCAAAGAGAAGUUUCUAGCCAUCCUUAACAAGUACAUGGAGAUCCAUGGCACUGUUUAUUAUGAAACCCAGCGUCCACCUGAAGUCCCGGCUUUUGUGAAGAAUCAUGGCCUUCUGCCACAACAUGAGUUCCAGCAACUCCUGAGGAAAGCCAAGCUCUUCAUUGGGUUUGGGUUCCCCUAUGAAGGCCCUGCCCCCCUGGAAGCGAUAGCCAAUGGGUGUGUUUUCCUGCAGGCUCGUUUCAACCCACCUCACAGCUCACUCAAUCAUGAAUUCUUCAGAGGCAAGCCUACCUCGAGAGAGGUAUCCUCCCAGCAUCCCUAUGCAGAGGAUUUCAUAGGGAAACCCCAUGUAUGGACAGUGGACUAUAAUAAUUCAGAGGAGUUUGAAGCUGCUGUCAAAGCCAUUAUGAGGACCAAGGUUGAUCCUUACCUGCCCUAUGAAUACACAUCUGAAGGGAUGCUGGAGCGGAUUCAUGCCUACAUUCAGUACCAGGAUUUUUGUGCCACUGCUGCUCUGCCAGAUAAGUCGAAUGACCACACUAUGCAAAACUCUGAAAGCCUGUUCAGCCUGCAGUCCAAUUCAACGUUCCUAGUGUGGCCUCACAAUUUCAGCAGUAGCCCCCCAGCCUGGCCUCCAGUCAACUCCCUACAGGUGUGGAUAUCAGAUGCUGGGCAGGCCUGCACCAGUACUUGUCAGCAGCAUGAUUUGGUCUGUGAGCCAGAGUUUUUCAAGUUCAUCAACAAGAAAGAGGUGUUUCAACAGCUCAACAUUGCCUGUGAUAGCACAGAGUCAGAGAUGAAUCACCUGUACCCAGCUGUGGCUGAAAAUGUCCAGGAGUGCUACCUCCAGAAGGAACCUCUCUUAUUCAGCUGUGCAGGAUGCAAUGCCAAGUACCAGCGCCUCUGCCCAUGCCGCAAUUAUCAGAAGGGACAAGUGGCAUUGUGUGGGGACUGUUUGUGAUUGUAUCAGGUCAUGUGUGUUGUAACAUACCACAUGCAACCAGUAACUUUUUUUUUCAUAAAAGCUUCUGCAAUACACAAGAAGUUUCCAAAUGGGAACAUCUUCUUGGAGACUUGUGAAAAUGGAUGUCAAUGAGAUUUCAUUGGUUGUUUUGUCUCCCAGUCAAGGGUGAAUGAUCCUUUUUCAACAAUACUUCUUAAGGCAUGUCUCCUGUCACAUCCAAGAACACAGGAGACCUUGAGGGGGCUUAGAAAGGCCUCACUGAAAAUCUUUCUGGAGGACGACA